AUGCCGCCCGUCGCGCCAAUGAAUGCUGGCCAGCAUGGUCCCUCGAACGCAGACAAGUUCAAGAUGGGCGCUAUGAUGGGUGGAACCGUGGGAGUGAUCAUGGGCUUUGUUUUCGUAGGAACCGUCAACAUCUUCCGCUAUGGAGCCGGCCCCAACGGAAUCAUGAGGACGCUGGGCCAGUAUAUGCUAGGCUCAGGCGCUACAUUCGGCUUCUUCAUGUCAAUCGGUAGUGUCAUCCGAUCCGACGGCGACCCCAGAAUGCACGAGCUGUAUAUGCGAGCGCAGCGGCGGCCCAUAGUAAUGAUGGCAAACCCCGCUUGGAAGAGAUCAUAG